UAAAUCCUACUACGUAGCGUACGUGCAACACGGCUACGUGCCAGGCUGCACGCUACGUGCAGUGGAAGUGCAGCGUCGCCAGAGUUCCCUUGUGUUGUCGUUUAAUCUUAACCUGCCCAUGUGUGUUACCUCGUGUCUGAAACUCUUUCGCACGGGAGGAGUGAGUGUGACGCAGCUUUAGUGUGGUUUGCGGUAAGAGGAAACUCAGCCGGAAUGUGUGCUGUGCAGGGCCCCUCGCUUUGGACUUGUGAGCAAGCUGCUAGCUACUUUUAGCUGUUUAAGCUCAGCUGGGAUUAAGCGUAACGCAAGAUUUUAACCUGCCCAAAUACGGUUAGUAUAAUAACUAGUUAAAUAGCGAGCUAACUGGUGGCCUUGCUGUGCUGUUGUUUGCCAGAGGAAACACUCCAUUUGGAAAGUAAUCCCACUAGCAAACGGUUCACCUUACUGGUGAAUUAGGAAAGAGCUUGGUGCACCUGGUGACCUUCCUUGACACCUGGGUGUGUGUCUGUUUACUUCACUCCCAGACUUCUGUGAACGGACAAUACUUACAUCUGACAUAUGACCCAACAUGUCAGCUCCGUAACAGCAGUACCGAGCAGGGCUCCCGUUCAGCACUUUUAAUUGGACAUGUAAUUGAGUUUAUGGUUGUGUGUUCACUCAUAAGAAUGACUCGCCGCUCAGUGGGGAACUUGGUGUGUCUUGGGAAUCGAGCCUUCAGCCUGCUGUAUGGAAACUCCCUUCGCCCCCUCCACACUUCAAUAUGCAACACCUCAUCUCAACCAAAAAGUGGAUUCAAUCCGGGAAAAGUAGCAGUGGUUACAAAGACUACGCGAUAUGAGUUUGAGCAGCAGCGGUAUCGCUAUGCAGGGCUUUCUGAAGAGGACUUGAAACACUUGCUUGCUAUGAAGGGGUCGAGCUACAGCGGCCUGCUGGAAAGACACAACAUCCACACUAACAAUGUGGAACAUAUUGUGAGGAGUCUGCGGAAAGAAGGCAUUGAGGUACGAGUCGUGAAGCGAGGAGAAUAUGAUGAAGAGGUAGUGCGGUGGGCAGAUGCCAUCAUCUCUGCUGGAGGUGAUGGGACAAUGCUACUUGUUGCCAGUAAGGUUUUAAGCAAGGACAAACCAGUUGUUGGAGUAAACACAGACCCUGAGAGGUCAGAAGGUCAUCUGUGCCUGCCUGUGCGGUACACUCGUGCCUUCCCAGAGGCACUGGAGAAACUCUGCCGUGGUGAGUUCAGGUGGCUGUGGCGUCAGAGGAUCCGUCUGCACUUAGAGGGCACAGGAAUCAAUCCCACCCCCGUGGACCUGCACGAGCAGCAGCUUAGCCUGGAGCAGCACAGCCAAGCUCACCGCAUCACCACCAUGGACAGCCGGCGGAGUACGACUCCAACACCUGUCAUGUGGACAGGAAGACUACAUGAGAGCUUCUCCAAGCCUAGUCUCCUCCCGAUCAGAAGCCUGAAUGAAAUCUUCAUCGGAGAAUCUUUGUCCUCCAGGGCUUCCUACUAUGAGAUCUCUGUGGACGACGGCCCAUGGGAAAAGCAGAAGAGCUCAGGACUCAGCAUUUGCACAGGAACAGGAUCCAAAGCAUGGUCCUAUAACAUCAACAAACUUGUUGAACAAGCUGUGGAGGACAUUCUAAAAAUCGGAAAGUCCCAAACGGGUCUUGAUAUCCCACUUAAUCCUGACUUUAUUGAAAAGGUUACUGAUGAGUACAACGAGUCUCUGGUGUUCAGUCCAGACGACAGGCGUUUGUUCUACAGCAUCAGGGAGCCCAUCGUCAACAGAGUCUUCUCCAGCAGUCGGCAGAGAGGCUUCGCCAGCAAGGUGUGUGUCCGCUCACGGUGUUGGGAUGCCUGCAUGGUGGUCGACGGUGGGACUUCAUUUGAGUUCAAUGACGGUGCCAUCGCUACAAUCAGCAUGAGUGAGGAGGAUGAGCUCCGCACAGUCCUUCUUGAAAACUGAGAUGAGUCCAGAGCACAGGACAUUUGACUGGUUUCCCUCCAACCAACAGUGUUAAAAGGGAAGUACCAGUUUUUAGCUUUUAGCCUGUGUUGAAUAUUUUUAUACCUGGGAAGGGGGGAAAUAUUAUUGUUACUUUUAAAUGUGUGCAUUGUGCCUUUUUUAAAAUUAGUUUCAUUUUCUUUCUUUUGCUUUUUAAUCUCCAUCCCACUGGUUAUAACAAGUUAUAAUCCACCAGGUUAAAAAGGCUACUAUCAAUUUUGUAGAUAUUGUGUCAAGCAACAUGUUAAGUAUGUUACUAUUGACUGUCUUCUAAGCAGCCCUCAUUCUCUCAACAUCCAAAUCAAUAUAAAGCAUAUGACAAUAUCAAUCUUACAAUUUAAUGGCACCUUGAACAAAGUAAAGAUCUACAUAGACACCAUUACAACACAUUUUCAAUACAAGCCUCCACCCUUGCCUGGGGGUCUGUAUUAAGACUUCCCUAACCUGUCUGUGGCAUUCAGCCCCAAACCCAUUGGUUCAUCUUUGAAAACCGCUCACAAAUAUACCAUUUUAUUUUAUUUUUCAAAGGCUCAGUGGUUUCCUAAAACAGCUACUUACGGUAGUUUUUAACAGGCAUUACUCAAACAGGAGAAAACAGUGCAUUUGUUAGGGACUGUUUUCAGCGCUGGGUGAAUCCACAUGUGGUGCUGUAGUGAGUGUUUGGGGCAGCAGGACGGUGUGUGUGGGACUGAGUCAGAAAAAUCAUGGUGAUGAAGGAGCAUGUCACGCUGUGCAGCAGGGAGGCUCGCUGAUGUGUGUUAAAAGUUAGUGGACAACAAUGCCGGAGACAUCCGGCUGUGAGACACACAGGACUUGUUAGUAGAUACAUUCAGUGUUGUUUUGAGUCUGCACAUGGGAUUUGUUGACAAUAGGAAAAAUAUCACCAGGCUUAUAUUUUCAAUUGUGAAAUUUGCGCUGAAAGUAUAUAGAGGUGUCUGUAUGGUGAACUGACAGCACAGCAGCUGUUUUGUAUUUUUUUUUUUUUUUUUUUUUUUUACAGCUUGUCUUGUUCACUAAAGAUAUUUUUGGAACAUAGCUUAUAUUUUUUUGUAGCUGAUUGGGUGCUAAAAAUGAAGUUUGAGAGAAAAGAAUUAAGGGCACUAAAAACUCCAUGCCUAAAGAGGCAUUUUGUUCCAUGUUUUAAGUGUCAAGUGUCUUGUACCUCUCACAAGACAGGAACAAUUGGCUUUAAAUGUGCUACUGAAAGAGCAGCAUGUACCAGAGGUGGACAUGUCUAAUAUUUUCACAACAAAAAACAGUUCAAACUGUGUCUGUGAUAUGAAGUGAUACAAAUUAUUUUAAAGCGGUAAGGCCACUUGGCUUUUAAGUCUUUAACAGUGCUGUUUGGGGAUGCUGAAAUGAUAGAAAACAUGUUUGACCAAGAUGGUGUAGUUGUAAUGAUUUUAAUUAUAAUAAGAAUCUAGUAGGUCUCUUAUAUACGCUUGUAAUUCCACUUGAUCGGUUAAACAGUAUUGGUGCACCUUGUAACACCUCCCUGGCCUCUGGACUCUGAACCAGGUGUUCUUUUUUGAGUACUGGUCUACAAAACGACCAGGAAAUUGUAAUAUGCAGCCUGCCAAAGGCAUAGUGUCACUAUGUAAGGAUGUUUUGUGUUUCAAUCAGAUAAAGUGAUAUUACAAGGAAA